CGCACCGGUCCCAGUCUGCAGGCAUGUCGGCGGCCGGGAGCUCGGACGGGACGGCGGACCGCCCGGCAGACGCCGCCGCAGAGGAGGAAGGGCCGAGCCAGGCGGGCUCCUCGCUGCCAACUGUCGAGCUGCCAAGAAAGAGGAAGGGGGACGUGGAGGAGAGGUCAGACACCCCCGGACAGGACAGUCUGGACUACCACAUGGACGACGAGCUCAGCAGAUCUGAAGGGGAUGAUCAGCAGAUCAAAAUGAAAUGCUUCAGGGAGCCUCACCGCCAGAUCGAGAAGCGGCGGAGGGACAAAAUGAACAACCUCAUCGACGAGCUGUCCGCCAUGAUCCCCGCCUGCAUGGCCCGCAAGCUGGACAAGCUGACCGUGCUGCGCAAGGCCGUGCAGCACCUGAAAGCCCUCAAAGCUGGGACGAGCAACGCCUUCACUGACACCGCCUGCAAGCCUUACUUCCUGCCGCAUGACGACCUCAGGCACCUGCUGCUCCGGGACGCCGACGGAUUCCUGCUGGUCGUCAGUUGCGACCGGGCGAAAAUCCUCUUCAUCUCUGAGUCCGUCUGCAAGAUCCUCAACUUCAGUCAGCUGGAGCUGACCGGGCAGAGCUUGUUUGACUUCAUUCACCACAAAGACAUCAACAAGGUGAAGGAGCAGCUGUCGUCCUCGGAGCUGUACCCCCGCCAGAGACUCAUCGACGCAGCAACCGGGGCCCAGCUGCCGGUGGACGCCCCCGUCGGCCCGUCCAACCUGUCCACCGGGGCCCGCCGCUCCUUCUUCUGCCGCAUGAAGCACAGCCGGACGGCGGGGAAGGCCGAGGACAGCCAGUCGCUCCCCAGCACGUCCAAAAAGAAAGACUCCCACCGAUACUGCACGCUCCACUGCACCGGCUACAUGCGCAGCUGGCCCAGCAGCCAGCUGGAGGCGGAGGGCGACGGCGACAAGGAGCCGUCCAGCCUGACCUGCCUGGUGACGGUGUGCCGCCUGCUGCCCCACGUCUCCCACCAGCCGCCCAAAGACGUCCAGAUCAAGCCCACCGAGUUCGUCACCCGCUGUGCGAUCGACGGCAAGUUCACUUUUGUAGAUCAACAAGCCACGCCCAUCAUCGGCUACCUGCCGCAGGAGGUCCUGGGCACGUCCUGCUACGAGUACUUCCACCAAGACGACCUGCAGCACCUGGCAGAGAAACACAGGCAAGCUCUCCACACCAAGGAGAAGGUGGAGACUCAGAGCUACAAGUUCAAAACCAAACACGGCUCCUACGUCCACCUCCAGAGCCAGUGGUCCAGUUUCACCAAUCCCUGGACCAAGGAGGUGGAGUUCAUCGUGUCCUCGAACAGGGUCGUCUCGGGGCCCGGUCACACAAAAGAUGAGGAGAGAGGUGGUUUCAAAGCCCUUCAGGACGACUCGAAGCAGAUCCCGGUCAUCCCCGGCCUCUCCAGCGGCGUGGGCCCCAUGAUCUACGCCGGCAGCAUCGGGACGCAAAUCGCAAACGAGCUGAUCGAGUCCAACAGGAUCAACUCGUCUCCGUCAAGUGGAGCUUCCAGUCCGUUCGGGCCGGUCCGGGAAAAAUCCCCCCUGGUGUCCCCCCAGGCCGGCAAGAGCGCGCCCGGCAGGGAGGACGCGGCCGGCAGCUCAUCGGACACGCAGCUGGACUCGCGGACGACGACGACGACGACGACGGGCGCCAGCAGCAGCGCCACUUCUGAGAGUUCAGGCGAGCCGUCCCAGCUGGAGCUGGACAGCAUGGUGGUGCCGGGCCUGAGCAGCUUCAGCAGCGACGAGGCCGCCAUGGCGGUCAUCAUGAGCCUGCUGGAGACGGACGUCAACAUGAGCCAGUCGGGGGACUUCGAGGAGAUGCACUGGCCCUUCUAGAGCGCGACAACGCCGCCGCCGCCGCCGCCGCCGUCGUUCGUACCAAAGGCCCUCGCCGUCAU